GUUUCAUAUUUUGCAAUAUAAAGUAAAGUUAAACUAAAAAGAAUAUGGGUGAAUUGCUUCACAUGUUAUUAAUUAAAAUUGUAUUACUAUGGCUCAUUAGUCUACCCGCCUCAACACUGGCCAGUACAACACCCAUGUCAAAUGAAAUUAACCCUACAAAGGCAGAAAAAGUUUAUGUUCGUACUUCGGAUUUAGUGUUGAGAGAAAAUAGUGGCAUACCCUUGAUAUAUCAUUUCAUCACCGAUUAUCCUCAUCCACACAUACCCUCUAAUAACUAUAUAAAACCUUGGGAAGUGGUGGCCUCAAAAUCGAUAAGAGUUAAAAAUCUGGAAGGUGUUAAUAGUCGAAUUUUGAAAAAGAAUAAUAUUUUGUAUUUAGCUAAAACAAAUGAAUCGGAAGAGAAUAAAAUAAAUAAUUGAGAAAAAA